AUGACAGAGACAGUUGAAGUGCGUUCCUCCACCACCACCACCACCAUGGUCAUCGACAGUAAGAACGGAGGUGUUGGGUCGCUGCCUGCACGAAUGUCCAAGAAAACAUUUACGGAUGACCUCUAUUCCACGUUCAGCUCCCCGCUGGCCUGGAUCCUGGUGCUGGCCCUCAUCAUCACCUGGUCUUGUGUUUUUAUCAUCAUGUUUGAUCUGAUGGACUACAAGACCCUCUCGGGUGGCCGCUCGCCUCCUGUCAUCAGGAAAACUUUAAAGGAAACAGGGCGUAGAGGAGGCCUCAGCAAGUUCAGCUCAGAUCCCAUGAAGGUGGUGGACCACGCGGUGGAGGAGUCAUCAAACCUGUUUGACCUUAUAUCAAACUUUGCUUCCAGCCUGAUUGCUCCUGAUGACACUGAAGAGGAGGAGGAGGAGGAAGCAGGAGAUUCCACUGAAAGAGAGGAUGAGGAAGAGGAGGAAGCAGCUGAGGUGGAAGCAGGUGAUGAUGAGGACGAAAGCAAGACAGAUGAAGAGGAAUCUGCUGAAGAUGAAGACGAAGCAAAAGAUGAAGAAGAUGAAGAGGAUGAUGAUUAUAUUUCUCCAGAACCUUCUUCUGAGGAGGAUGACGAAGAUGAGGAAGACGACUCCUCUGUGCCCUCUGAUACUGGGUCUGAUGUGCCCAUCGACACUGAGGACGACAUAGAAGAUGAUGAGGAGGAGCUUGAUGCCAUACCUAAACCUAAAACUGCUGACAAAGAUGAUGAAGAUGAAGAUGAAGAUGAAGAUGAUGAAGUGAGCGAUGAUGCAAUCAUUGACACCACAGAUGAGGACAAACUCACUGAAGAUGUCAAAACAUCAGAUAGUGAUGACCUCAUCAUUGAUCUUCCUCCUCUUCGUGCUGGGGUUGUUGGAGAUGAUGAUGACUACAAACACCUUGAUGAAGAUGUCCAAGUUGGUGCUGACACUGAGGAUGAUGAUGAUGAUGAUCUUUUGGAUAAAUCAGUCGAUGACGACUCCGUUGCCUCCUCUGACCACUUUGCUGAUGAUGAGGAAGAUGAAACGACUGAUGCUGACCUUGAAGACCUCGACCUCGACCUUGACACACCAGCUGAUGUUGACAUUAAAGAUGACCACGCUGAACUUGACAAAGAUGAAGAUUUCGCUCAUUACAAACUUGAUGACUUGGAGGGCAUCGACGAUGAUGAGGAUGAUGAUGAUGAUGAAAAGCACGAUGAGGAAGAACUCAAGGUUCAUCUCUUUGACAGCGAGGACAGCGGAGUCUUAGGUGAUGAUGACGACGAUGAUGACGAGGAUGAUGAUUCUGCCAAGACAGAUGAAGAAUCUGUAGGAGAGACUGUGUUCAGCACUGACUUCUCCUAUGACUCAAUUGAUGAUGAUGAUGAUGAUGGUGAAGAUGUUGAUACCAGCUCCCUUGACUUCAGCUUCGAUCACGACGAUGAAAAGGAGCUGAAAGAAUCACUGGUUGACUUUGACAAAGAUGACUAUGAAUAUAAAGAGGAAAUCACAUCAGAGUCCUUUGCCACCACUCCUGCACUUGGAGUAACUGUCCACAAGGAGGCAGUACAGACUGAGGCAGACAGUGAAGAGCAAGAGGACGACGCUGAAGAGGCACAUGAUGAUAACCAGACUGGAGCGACCGAAACAGAAGAGGCCUUUGAGGAUGAUGAUGAGAAAGAUGUGGAACCGUUGGCUGCAUUCCAGAAAACCAAAGACAAAACUCACAUCAGGAAAGAGGAGGAAGACGAGGAAGAGGAGGCCGAGGAGAAGGCAAGAGUAGAUGUAAUCAAGCCUGUAGCAGAACCUGAGGAGGGAGCGCCACACACUGAACCCACAGUGUGUACCUGUAUGGAUCCUGCUCAGGCCAAAGAGCCCUCUACCGAGACUGUUGACAAAAAAGAGGCAGAUGCUCCUAAGAAGGCUUCAGCUGAGAAAAUAAGGAGAAAAGAGCGUGAGGCUGCAAAGACAGAGGAGAAGCCAAAACGGAAAGCUCUUCCCAGAGUCGUGGGUGUGGUGGAGAGGGUGAGGAGAGUCCGGCGAGCUCCUGGCCUUCUCAGAGCCAAGAAAGAAGAGAAGGCCAAGUCCUCUAAGAAAGAGACACAGUCUCUGAAGAAAGCAGAGAUCCCAGCGUCUGGACAAGAGGUUGGACCUUGUCGGCCUGCGCCAGUCUAUUGCCCGUCCCCCCCUGGCUGGUAUGUUCAUCACAUAGUCACAGACAAUCCAUACCCACCUCCAACCAUGUCAGCUCCAUCAGCCCCUGUUCUAACUGCACACCCGAUCCAUCCUGGUGCUCCACCAAUGCAGCCGCUCUAUCCACAAUAUCAACCCUAUCAGCAGCAAGUGCAGCCGCUGGUGCAGUCACCACCAGAACCAGCACAACCAGUGCAGCCCGUACAGCCCACUGCUCCGACUCCAGCUCCUGCUGUCCAGCCUGACGUCCCAAUUCCAGCUCCUACACCUCAGCCUCAGGCGACAGCACAAGAGCCAGAUUCUCUUGAAGAAAAUCUGAAGGUUGUUACUUCAAAGAAAGCUGCAAAGGAGAAAACCAAGGUUGCUCCUGCAAAGAAAGAUAAACAGACGACAAAGAAAGCAGAGCCAGCAGCAACAAAAGAGAAAAGCAUAACUCCUAAGAAAGAGCCGGCAGCUGUGCAGCAGAAGAAGAAAACAGCCUCUGCAAAGACAGAACCACCUGCUGUCAAAGGCAAAGUCAAGGCAUCUGCAGCAAAGAAAGUUGCAAAGCCUGAACCGGAGCCCAUUAGACUGAGGGCGAGAGCAGUAUCUUUGAGGAGAGGAAACGUCACGGUAACCUCCCCAGCCAAAGAGGAGAAGCCUUCCAGGUCUCCCACUGACACAGCCAAAACAAGGUCGAAAUCAGCAGUGGGAAAGACAGCAGAAAGCGCCAAACAGGUGAAAAAAGAAGCCAAAUCCAAAGCAACACAUGGGGCUAAGGCAUCUCAGCCUUCCAAAGCCAGCAAAGCUGUCAAGGGUGAGAAGAAAACUGUCAAGGAGGCUCAAGAAGAGAAACUGCCAUCACAAGCCAAGGAGCCCCAGACUGAAGACAACACUACAGACAAGAAGAAACCAGGCCAGAGAUACUUCCAGUGCGUUUACGUCCCUGGUAAAAAUGCACAGUACCCUUUACGACCUUUGGCACCAGCGAUGACACCGGCCAUGAUGUCCCCUGCCUUUAGAUCAAUGUUGGAUCAGCAGAGAGCAGCCAGGGCUGCCGGGCAGUAGCACACCCUCUCGCCUCAUCUCUGCCAGAGCUGCAUCGCCCCGUCCAACACAGGGAGAUGUCAGAACCUGCGGAAUCUGUAAAAUCUGUCGAGAACCAGAGACUAAAAAGUGAGAGUGAUGAGUGGACAGAAAUAUUUAGUUUUUUACAUAUUUUUGUAUUUAUUUUCCUUCUCAGUGGUUGAGCUCCUGGGGUCAUCACCGAUGUGCAGUUUUCCUCUGUCCUCCUUUUGCUGGUGCUUUGCUGCAGCGUUUUAGCCACGCUCAUCUUCGCUGCUCUUAGUUUUGCUUGGUUUUUGAUUAACAUAACCAUCGUACUACAGAGUUGUGCUUUGUGAAUAUUGUAACUCCAUGCAGUGUACAUAAUGCAUAUGUUUAGUCAACUGUCUAUAACUGUCCAUUUUCUGUUUACACUGACAAGUCUAUUGCGCACAUCUGAUUUGGAAUAGUAACAAAUAAAUAAGAAACAAUUGGAACUAAAACUAAGUUUAAUGGUGUCCUCCAUUCAAAUGAGAUCAUAAAACCAAACA